AUAGAGUGCUAGUUCUUCACAACUUAGCAAUUAGCAAAGAAAAAAACCCAGAAAUUAGUGUAGUAUCCCAGCAUAUACUGCAAAACAACAACGAUGAGUUCAAUCCAUGCCUUUUUGUUUUUAAUUUUUGGGACAUUGGCAUCUCUUGCUAUGUCCCGAACAAUCUAUGAAGCCUCUGUUUUUGAUAAACAUGAGCAAUGGAUGGCUGAUUAUAGUCGAAAAUAUGAGAGCAAACUAGAGAAGGAGAAGCGUCUUAAUAUAUUCAAAGAGAAUUUGGAAUACAUUGAGAGCUUCAACAAUGGUGGAAAUAGAAGUUUUAAGUUAAGCCUGAAUGAAUUUGCAGACAUGACACAAGAUGAAUUCAUUGCAGCUCACACUGGAUACAAGAUGCAAGACAACCCCAUGAUGCCUGACUCAACAUCGUUCAUGUAUGAGAACUUAUCAGAUGUUCCGACAAACUUUGAUUGGAGGGACCAAGGUGCAGUCACUCCUAUUAAGAAUCAAGGUCAAUGUGGAUGUUGUUGGGCAUUUUCAGCAGUGGCAGCCGUUGAAGGGAUAAUCCAAAUCAAAACUGGUAAAUUAAUCUCAUUAUCUGAGCAACAACUGUUGGAUUGCAGCACAAAUGGAGGAAACCAAGGUUGUAGUGGAGGAUGGAUGAUGAAUGCUUUUGAAUACAUCAGCCAAAACCAAGGAAUAACCACCGAAGAAAGCUACCCAUAUCAACAAAUGCAAGAAACUUGCGCCACACAGAUAAACAAAGUUGCCACCAUUAAUGGCUAUCAAAUGGUGCCUAAAAACGACGAAGAAGCAUUACUUAAGGCCGUCACAAAUCAACCGGUCUCGGUGGCACUAAAUGGAUAUGGACAAUCCUUUCAGUUUUACAAAGGUGGAGUGUUUACAGGAGAUUGUGGCAAUGAUCUCACCCAUGCAGUAACCAUUGUUGGAUAUGGGACAAGUGAAGAAGGUUUAAACUAUUGGCUGAUUAAGAAUUCAUGGGGAGAAACUUGGGGUGAAAAUGGGUAUAUGAGGAUUCAAAGGGAUGUGAAUACACCAGGUGGGUUAUGUGGCAUCGCCAUGAAAGCUUCGUAUCCAAUUGCAUAAGACAUUUCUCUACUGAUAUAAGUGGUCAUACUAGAUCAAUGUUUGAGGAUAUUUUUCUCAAAAAUAUAAUAAAUAUUUUCUUUUUUACAACUGAAAUUUAUGUACAAGAAAUAUUUUAUAAUAAUUAAUAUCUUAUAUA